AUGGACAAGAUUUCAGUAGAAGAUAGCAAAUUAUGGCAACAAUUGCAGACACUGAGCUUACUUUACUUUUACCCCAUUCCUAUGCAGCUUCAUGGGAUUGAACUGCAAUCACCACUUAGCACCUUUCAAAACGCCCUCACAAUUCUGCAACUUUUUCUGCAGAUUCUCGUUCCAUCUCGCCUUUUGGGUGAACUAACCGUUAAUCAAAAGAUGGAGCGCACCAGGCUAAACAUGAGAGGUCGUUGCUCUGGUUCAACUCCCUCAGAAGAGUCUGCUUUGGAUCUUGAAAGAAACUGUUGCAGUCAUUCUAAUCUGCCUUCCCUUAGUCCACCAACGCUUCAACCCUUUGCUUCAGCUGGACAGCAUUGUGAGAGCAGUGCUGCUGCUUAUUUCUCAUGGCCAAGCCGCGUGUAUGAUGAUGCUGAAGAACGAGCAAACUACUUUUUAAAUCUACAAAAGGGGGUGCUGCCUGAAACCCUUGGUCAGCUGCCCAAGGGGCAUCAGGCAACCACAUUACUUGAACUUAUGACAAUCAGGGCAUUUCACAGCAAGAUACUGCGUUGUUACAGCCUUGGAACAGCAAUUGGUUUUCGCAUACGGCGAGGUGUAUUAACAGAUAUUCCUGCCAUUCUAGUGUUUGUCUCCAGGAAAGUUCACAAGCAAUGGCUAAGUCCAAUCCAGUGCCUACCUACUGCACUUGAGGGUCCUGGUGGAGUAUGGUGUGAUGUGGAUGUGGUGGAGUUUUCUUAUUUUGGUGCACCUGAGCCAGUUCCGAAAGAACAGCUGUACACAGAGAUUGUAGAUGACUUGCGUGGGGGUGAUCCAUGCAUCGGGUCGGGAUCUCAGGUGGCAAGCCAAGAGACUUAUGGAACUUUGGGUGCCAUCGUUAAGAGCCAAACAGGCAGUCGACAAGUUGGUUUUCUCACAAACCGUCAUGUAGCAGUUGAUCUAGACUAUCCAAAUCAAAAGAUGUUUCAUCCUCUUCCACCCACUUUGGGGCCUGGGGUUUAUCUGGGUGCAGUAGAGAGAGCAACCUCGUUUAUAACGGAUGAGCUUUGGUAUGGCAUAUUUGCUGGAAUAAACCCAGAGACUUUUGUGAGAGCUGAUGGUGCAUUCAUUCCUUUUGCUGAUGACUUUGACAUGUCCACUGUUACUACUUCAGUGAGGGGUGUUGGAGAUAUAGGCGAUGUGAAGAUAAUUGACCUACAGGCUCCAAUUAGUAGCCUUAUUGGAAAACAAGUGGUGAAGGUUGGAAGAAGCUCCGGCUUGACUACAGGGGUUGUUUUGGCUUAUGCCCUAGAGUACAAUGAUGAGAAAGGCAUAUGCUUUCUUACGGAUCUUCUUGUUGUUGGUGAGAACCAACAAACUUUUGACCUUGAAGGAGACAGUGGAAGUCUCAUCAUGUUAAAAGGUGACAAUGGCGAGAAACCACGGCCUAUUGGGAUAAUAUGGGGAGGAACUGCUAACAGGGGCCGCCUUAAGUUAAAAGUCGGGCAACCCCCUGAGAAUUGGACUAGUGGGGUGGAUCUAGGGAGACUUCUCAAUCUACUUGAACUUGAUUUGAUAACAACUGAUGAAGGACUUCAAGUGGCAGUGCAAGAACAAAGAGCUGUGUCAGCCACAGUAAUCGGUUCUACAGUUGGGGAUUCUUCUCCCCCAGAUGGUGUACUUCCAAAGGAUAAAGCUGAAGACAAAUAUGAGCCACUUGGUCUUCAAAUUCAGUCCAUUCCUUUAGGAGUUGCACCUAGCAGCCAAGACAUGAAACCAUCAAUCAUGGAAACUGAAUUUAAGUUAGAAGAUGGAAUCAAGGUUGGGCCCAGUAUCGAACACCAGUUCAUCCCGAGCUUCAUCGGUCGGUCUCCCAUGCACAAGAACAGCAUACAUGACAGAACUGCUACAGAAAACUUGUCUUCAUUGAGGAACAACUGUGAUGAAGAUUUGUGUGUUUCACUGCAGCUUGGUGACAAUGAGGCAAAGAGAAGGCGUUCUGAAGCCUCAACUAGUACUGAGGAGCCUCAGUGA